AUGGGCCUCCACACCCUCCCAACAGAGCUCCUAGAGGCCAUCCUCAUUCAUGUACAGGACAUGCAAACGCUCCUCCUCGCCCAACAAGUUUGUUGCCAAUGGGCAAGCUGCAUUCAACAAUCCCCUGAGCUCCAAAAAGCCCUCUUCUUCCAGCCAACAUCUCCCAACAAACCCGCACAACAGAACCCACUCCUCGCAUCCAAGUUCCCAUUCUGGUUCCCUGCCGACGAUCCCAAAUCGUGCGCCAUCGCCUUUGGCGCGGGCGACAUGCAGGAUUUCCUAGACAGCAACGACGCCUUUCGGCGACCGACCGCAAGCUGGCGCCGGAUGCUCGUCCAGCAACCGCCGAUCAUGUCGCUUGGCGGAGUGGAGCGCGGCAUCGCCCCCUCCGACAUGGUGUCCAUGCGCAGGUGGGAGAUCCCGCUCCAGCCGCUGGGCGGCUUGCGCAUGAACGCGCUGUACGAUCUCAUCAUUCACGCUUCGGGGGACGUGCCGCGGUAUUACUUUUUCCGAGUCUGCUGGGCGCGGUACCGGACGUAUGCCGGGCUGCAGGUGUCUCCGCCGCCGAAUCCAGACCCGGCGGGGUUCUACGAUCGGAGGCAUGCCGUGCCGUUAAGGAACGCGUUGACGGGUACAGAAGUCGUUCUAGACAUGUGGUAUUCGGAACAGCUUCCGACUCACCUUUGGAGCGGGUUCAAGGAGGAACGGUGGACGGGGGACUUGGUGCGGGGGCUUCAGUUGCCCAUGGAGGAUGUGAAGGUGGAUCUGCUUCAGGGGAUGAGGGAGCUGAAAGAGGCCAAUGGGUGGUCUAUGUCGGCGGAAAUGAAUUGGGCUGGCCCGCAUCCGUUGCCCCAUGAGCUUGGCUGGGAUUUAUGA